CCACAACGACUCAACAGACAAUACAAGUACGAGUACAACAACGCCAGCGCCAGUAGCGCACGUCGAUGCAACGAAUCCGUCCAAAAACGAACCGCUUGGCAUGUCCGCCAAGCUGCGACUCAAAGUGCCAAAGAUACAGAAAAAGUCGAAAGCCCUGCGUCAAACAUUCCGUGCCAAGUUACUAAAUUUCCAAAUCAAACGCGAUAAAGUAUGUAAGCAGUGCACCAAGCGCCGGCGCGUGCAUCCAUCAAAGAACGUAUUCGAUUUCAGCAAAGACUUUAGUUUUAAAAAAGAGGAAACAAAUACGGAGAGCUGUGAUGCGGUCAGUGAAGAAUUCUGCACUUGUCCGCCUGAGAAAAUUUCGAAUAAGAACGCGUUCAUCGAGCCAAUGCAUUUCGAUUCGAUGAGCUCAGCCGAUGCUGAAGAUGAAGGCAGCGGCGGUGAAGAUCAGCUCAGCCUAAAGGAGCAUUGUUACAGCGUGCCCAGCUUGGCGAUGAGUAUGUCCCUCUCUACCAACCGUCCACUCUAUGAAGAAGAAUGGUUUCAUGGCGUAUUGCCACGCGAAGAAGUCGUACGUCUGCUCAAUAACGAUGGUGAUUUUUUGGUGCGUGAAACCAUACGCAACGAAGAGAGUCAAAUUGUGCUGAGCGUUUGCUGGAAUGGUCAUAAGCAUUUCAUUGUGCAAACCUCCACAGAUGGUCACUUCCGCUUUGAAGGUCCGCCAUUCCCCAGCAUUCAAGAGCUCAUCAUGCAUCAGUAUCAAUCCGAAUUGCCGGUGACGGUAAAAUCGGGUGCCAUUUUAAAACGUGCCAUCUGCCGCGAACGUUGGGAGUUGAGCAAUGAUGAUGUUGUCUUACUAGAGAAAAUUGGCAGAGGCAAUUUUGGCGAUGUUUAUAAGGCAAAGUUGAAGUCAACCAAACAGGAUGUCGCCGUAAAAACCUGCCGCAUGACACUACCCGACGAGCAGAAACGCAAGUUCCUGCAGGAGGGACGAAUUCUAAAGCAAUAUGAUCAUCCAAACAUUGUUAAAUUGAUUGGAAUUUGUGUGCAAAAGCAGCCGAUUAUGAUCGUUAUGGAACUCGUACCGGGCGGUUCAUUGCUGAAUUAUUUGCGUAAGAAUUCAAACGCUUUGACGGCACGUCAACAAAUGGGAAUGUGCCGUGAUGCUGCGGCGGGCAUGCGUUACCUGGAAUCCAAAAACUGCAUACAUCGAGAUCUUGCUGCGCGCAAUUGUCUGGUCGAUUUUGAAAAUCAAGUAAAGAUUUCCGAUUUUGGAAUGUCGCGUGAAGAGGAAGAGUAUAUAGUUUCCGAUGGCAUGAAACAGAUACCGGUUAAAUGGACUGCGCCGGAGGCCUUGAACUUUGGCAAAUAUACUUCAUUGUGUGAUGUUUGGUCUUAUGGUAUUUUAAUGUGGGAAAUUUUCUCUAAAGGCGAUACACCCUACUCAGGCAUGAGUAAUUCGCGAGCACGGGAACGAAUCGAUGCUGGUUAUCGCAUGCCAGCGCCUGAAAACACACCGCCCGAAAUGUAUCGCCUCAUGUUGAAGUGCUGGUCCGCCGAAGCAGAUGCACGGCCACAUUUCGAUGAGAUCUAUAAUGUCGUUGAUGCACUGAUAAUACGUUUAGAUAAUAGUCAUUAACAAGAAAAGGAACAAUAAAUUUUAAAAAGAAAAUGUAAGCAAAGAAAAACUAAAUAUUUUCAUAC